AUGGACAAACCUACAACCUUGACUGCAGAAGACACUGCCAAGGAGCAAAGUUCAUCUAAGACUACUGAGAUCACUAAAAAAACUUCUGACCAGGCAAUCAACCCUAUUGAGAUUGUUAGCACUACAUCUGGCAAUUUUGAAAAUUUGGAUAAUUCAAUUUUAAAGGACACUAACA